GUCUUCUCCGGCGAGCUCGCCGGCGAUGACCUCGCUGCUGGUGGCUGUGCCGGCGAUGUACUCGCUGGCUCCGCGGGCUCCUAGUGCCGCCGCCGCCGCGCGCGCGAGGGCGUCUUCGCAGUGUGGGUGCGUGCCGGCCCGGCAAGGCGCGGGGCAGCCUCUGGCGACCGCGGAGGCUGAGCAGGCGGCGGCGGCGGCGGCGGAAGAGACGCCGUGGUUCAGCUGGGACGCGUUCGGGUCGGGCACGUCGGAGUCUGAGAAGGAGGCGAUUCGGGGGAUUUCUCCCAAGCUGCCGAAUCGCUGCAAGGCUCUGAUGGCGCGCAUCGUGUGCCUGCCUCCUCCUCCUCCUCGUCGGGAUGAGGAUGGGGAGACUCUCGCCGCGAUGCUUGCGUUCUGGGUGAAGGCCAUGAGGCCCAGGAGGGCGGAUUGGUUGCUGGUGCUGAAGGAGCUCACCGCUAUGGAGAGCCCUCUUCUUGCUGAGGUGCUGGAGCAUGCAUUGCUGGAGGAUUCUUUUGAAGCAAAUGUCCGUGACUACACCAAAUUGAUCCACAUAUAUGGCAAGCAAAAGCUGUUGCAGAAAGCUGAGGAUGCAUUCCAUGCCAUGAAAGCCAGAGGGUUACCUUGUGAUCAAGUUAUGUUGACUGCGCUGAUGGACAUGUACAGUAAGGCCGGAGAUCUCACUCGUGCAAAGGAAAUUUUCGAAGAGAUUGGAUUGCUUGGCCUGCCGAUGGAUAAGCGUGUAUACGGCUCAAUGAUCAUGGCUUAUAUCAGGGCUGACAUGUUAGACAAAGCAGAAGACAUGAUCAGUAAAAUGGGGGAUCAACAAAUUGUUGCAGGAAAGGAAGUUUACAAAGCAUUGCUGAGAGCCUACUCUUACAAAGGCGACUCAGAUGGGGCGCAACGAGUUUUUGACGCCAUACAGUUUGCAGGGAUAGUACCUGAUACAAAGCUGUGUGCACUUCUGGUGAAUGCUUACUGCCUCGCAAAUCGAAUCGACGAAGCGAUGAUCGUAACACGGAAUAUGAGAAGUGUGGGGAUGACACCGUGCGACAAAUGCAUCGCUUUGAUAUUGGGCACCUAUGAGAAGGUGAACAGGCUAGAAGGGGCACUGGCAUUUUUGACAGAGCUAGAGGAGAACGGCGUUGUCAUUGGCCAAGAGCCAUCUCAGCUGCUUGCAGGAUGGUUCAGAAGGCUUGGAGUUGUCCAAGAAGUUGAGCAGGUCCUGAAGGACCUCGCAGAAGAUAAGAAGAACACCCUUGAACCUGAAGCAGACAGGAAGAACAACCUCGCAGCAGACAGGAAGAUCAAGAGGAAGAACAAGAGCAAGAACAAGAGCAAGAGCAAGAGCAAACGCAGCUUUGCAUCAUCUCUACAACACAAGUGAUUUGCUAGCCUUGAGGCUGCUACACAAACCUGCAACAUUGAGUCACAGCAGUAUAAUGUAAACUUGUAGACAUGUCAGGAAUUUCACAAGCGGUGCUACGGUAGGAUGGUAGUGAAGUUGUCUGCAAAAACAAAGGAACCCCUAGGCCCUGGCCAGAAUUUUGACAUCCAGAAGAACACCAGCAAUGUUACAAGGAAGCUCUGAUAAGAGCAGCAAUGUUAAAUUUGGCGUAACUCACCAUCAACAAAUGUGGGAUGGGGCAAAAAUUGAUGACACCACACAUGAAUCAAGGCUUAAACAGUUGAGGCCCGAUCCUAUCAAUUGUUGUACAUGAAUUAGUUCCUACUCCUACAUAAUAUUUCAUCAAGCAACACUCGAGUAACAGUGAUCAAUAACUACACAUCAUCCUCCUCAGUUUUGUACUUUUUCUUCUUUCCUUCAGUGGCUGUCUUAGACUCAACACUGAAGCCUCCCGGUUUGUCUUUUUCUUCUUGUUGGGAGUUUCCUCUUGUUCAACAUUGCCAUUGUUUGCCAUCUCUUGAUCCAUUGGCUCCACUAGCUUGUGCUUCUUUUUCUUUUUUUUUUUUCUUCUCAGCUUCAGGUUCAGUUUCUUCUGCAGCAACCUUGGUAGGCUGAUCAAGCUCUAUUCCUUCACCACCAGACUCAGCUUUAGACUUCUUUUUCUUGCUUUUCUUAGCAGAUGCA